AUAUUUAGAGGACCUUUAUUUUACCUACUGCAAGGCUGAAACAAUGUACACCAAAAUAGCCUUAUCUUUAACUGUUUCCUGUGUCAUCCUCUUCCUUUACUUUGUGCUCAACAAGAGAACCAACGGAGCAAAAUCAUUAAACCUGCCACCAGGGCCACGAAAGCUACCUCUGAUAGGAAACAUUCACCAGCUAGCGGGACUACUCCCACAUCGUGCAUUUCGAGACUUAGCACGAAAACAUGGCCCCAUCAUGCAUAUCCAACUUGGCCAAAUUUCAGCAGUCAUCGUUUCAUCACCCCGAAUAGCAAAAGAGGUACUUAAAACUCAUGAUGUUGCCCUCGCAGAUCGUCCGAAGACUUUUGGAAGUGAGCUUGUACUGUAUAGGAACACCGAUAUAGCCCUCGCUCCAUAUGGUGAGUAUUGGAGACAAAUGAAAAAGAUCGCCUCCUUGGAACUUCUUAGUGCCAAAAAAGUUCAAUCGUUUGGUCUAAUCAGAGAGCAAGAACUUUGUGGUUUCAUGAACUUUCUCCGAAUAUCUUCAGGGAAACCGAUAAACAUACACAAAACCAUCACGGAAUUAGUGAAUAAUGUUGUCUGCAAAGCUUCCUUCGGAAGAAACUGUAAACACCAGGAUGCCCUCCUAGAGUUCCUAGAUGAGUUUGGAAGAGUAAAUAGUCGGUUUUAUGUUGCGGAUUUGUUUCCAGAUUUUAAGUUUCUUUACGUGGUUUCUGGAUUGAGAUCAACGUUAACGAAGAUGCACAAAACUCUCGACAAAAUCUUCAAUGACAUCUUUGAGGAGCAUGAUAGUAGAAAGAGAGAUGGAGGGGAACAGGAGGAAGAUCUUCUUGAUGUUCUUCUUAGAAUCAAGGAGGAAGGAGGUCUUGAGUUCCCCAUCACGAAUAACAAUAUUAAAGCAAUAUUUGUGGUCCAUAGCAAUGAUCGACAGAAAGUUCUCUUUAUUCGUAUCUCUUUAUCCAGUUAUAUCCGUCUAUAGCCGAUAUGUCACAAGUGAAGUAUUAGCUAUUUCAACUGAUCAUCAAUGCAUGGGCAUGCUCUACUGAUCCUGAAUACUGGGAUGAUUCUGAAAGCUUCAAGCCAGAAAGAUUUGAAAAUACUUCGGUUGAUUUUAUGGGAACUAAUUAUCAGUUUAUCCCAUUUGGAUCUGGGAGAAGAAUGUGCCCAGGAAUGAAUUUUGGGUUGACAACAGUCGAGUUUUUUCUUGCUCAAAUGCUAUACUAUUUCAACUGGGAACUCCCUGAUGGAUUAAACCCUAAUGAUGUUGAUAUGGCGGAGACCGAUGGAUUACUAGCAGCAAAAAAGAUUCACUUGCAUUUGAUUCCUACGUCUUAUGCUCCUUAUAUAAUUAACUAAAGUUGUUCAAGGAUUUUUGACACCAAACGUAAAACGGAUCUAUUAAGCACCAUGUGGGUUUAUUAUAAAAUAAUUUGGUGGUGUCAUCUCCGUUUAUUUUGGUAAUAAAUCAUUCAAAACAUUGGUAGUGGGAUUGAAUGUAUAUUCUCUGUUGUAGCAAUAGUACCAGUGCUGAAGAAUUCAAACGUGGGCUUCUUACAUUCUUGGGCCUUUAUAUUACCAUCUCUUGAUGUAUAGUCAUUCCUAUGGGACCCUUAACUGGUGUUGGCAUCAGCAGUUUCGGGUCCAUGUUUCAAUUAAGAUGUCGAAUUGUCUACCUCUACCUCUGUUAAUAAAAG